AUGAACAUGAUAAAUUGUCCAAAUGUGACUCUCACAGACCAACAGCAGAGUCAAGUGGCGUUUGACCUUACCCAUGCAGUGGAGGCAAUCCACGAUUGGAAAGCUCAUCUUCUUCGAUUCAUUAACCAAGAACAAGCUAAGCAGGACGUUCUCAGUGCAUUGACUGACGACAGCGUUUUAAUCAUAAUGGACUGGGCCAUGAAGUACCUUCCGAAAAGAUACAGAGAACAAAUGAGCGACUUUUAUGGUAAACGGGGGAAGAGUUGGCAUGUUGCUUGUGUUAUUUUCAGGUCUGGUAGUGAAAGUCACUCGGUAGAAACCUUCGUUCAUGUCUUCGAUACUUGCACCCAAGACUGGUUUUCUGUUGUUUCUAUUCUGGAGCACCUCCUUUCAACUAUUAAAGAAGAGCACAAAAAUGUAUCGACGGCUUAUCUUAAAUCUGAUAACGCAGGCUGCUACCACAAUGCCUCAUUAAUUACUUCUCUCAAAUCUAUUGGAGAAAGAGCAGGAAUUCACGUUCGAAGAUUUGACUUCUCUGACCCACAGUCAGGGAAGGACAUUUGUGAUCGCAAAAUAGCACCGAUGAAAGGGCAUAUCCAGAGAUGGGUCGAUGAAAGGCACGAUGUAAUUACCGCAGGUGACAUGAAGGAAGCGCUGGAUUCUCAUGGUGGAGUGCGUGGAUGUAGGGUGGCAGUAUCGGAGGUUGAUAUUUCAAGGGCGAGUGAGACGGUAGAAUGGAAAGGGAUAAGUACGUUGUUCAAUUUUGAGUUUUUAACUACAGGAAUCAAGGCGUGGAAGGCUUAUGGAGUCGGUGAGGGACAGCUGUUUUUAUAUGAGAACCUAACUCAGUGUCUGCAAGGGCCAACAUGUCUUCGCGUCAUUAUCCCUUUUACGACCAACAAGGCAAAGGCUCAGCCAAGUUUGAUGUCGAAAACAAAAGGUCCUGUAAUAUGUGAGGAUCUUUUUAUGUGUGAAGAGGAAGGAUGUGUCGCCUUCUUUCCUACCCAAAGCGAUCUACAAGUUCACAUGGACACUGGGCGACAUAUCAUGGUUAUGGAACGUGAAAGUACUUACGAUUUGGCACGAAAAAAGUGGGCAGAAAAAGUGACAGGAGUUCAACUAUCGCACUUCGCUGGAAAAGCAGGAGUAACACAAGAAGGCAGCGGCACGGUCACUUUAUCGAGGAAAGAACCACUCCAGGGCUGGGCUUUAAAGAAGCAAAGGAAAGGCCAGCGAGCAACCCAGAAUGUGAAGAACUUCCUGCUUGAAAAGUUCAAUAGUGGAGUAGAAGCAGGUAACUCGACUAACAAAUUUUUCCGCUUUACCCUUGCGGUUUGGUUUCUAUUUGAACUACUGCUUUUAAACGUAAGGUAAAUCAAGUGUAUAGAGAGCAAGUUGAAAUAAAAACCAAUCAUGGCCAGAAAUUGAGGACAAAAUGGCGCUGGAGCAUGCUCGUCAUUUACUUUUCCCGUUCUUUAAAUAUCGCGACCAUAUGAAGGAUGAAUGGGGAGAAAAGAAACUUUUAAGGAUAAAUAAAGUUAGACGAAGAAUCGCUCACCUCCACACGUCUAAACCUUCGCAAGGCGAUCGUGGCUUUCAGUCAUGCUAAUUUGGCAGUGUCAAGCUCCCAAAGUUGGUUCGUGAGUCACCAUAAAAAGAUGGCUUUCCUUGCCAUACAAGAGUCUGUAAUAUUGCCUAAGCGCUUCUCUUCAAGCAAGAAAAAAGGUAAAUUAGAUGUCGGUGUUUCCUCCUUUCCCACGUCCUGUUUCUUGAGGGAUAUGUUUAUCUUCAUUUUUGUAGGGUUUUAGAGGCCUAACUUCUUUGCUGAACCAGUUCGUUUUUUCCGUGAAAUAUAGCAAUUCCAUAGAGUGAAUCUCUGCGCCCUUAAUGCACGAAGCGACCGAAAAAGAAGGCACUUUGGAGACUUUUUCAAACGAUAACUUCGAUCAGCCGCCAUUUUCAAAACAGAGAGGUUACCAAGCCAGAGUGACACAGGGAGCCCCGUUUUGUCACGAUCGGACGAUCACAGGAAAGUAACAGCCGAGAGUUGAUGCUUGUCUAAUAGGGACUCAGGGUAGAUUUUGCACAGCUUGGACUUUAGAACCAGUGUUAGGUUUCGCAUUUAUUUGUUUUUACAUAUGUCAAGUAGAAUUACUUGAGGCUAGUAAAUUGUUAAUCUACAGCACGGUAAAAAGUAUACGUUCGCUUCCCCGCCAUUUUGCAAAUGUAUAAAUCCUCAUUAGCUAUUGAAAAUCCCUAAAAAUGAGCCUACGGUCAAAACCGCUGGCUGUCCUCGAUUUCUGGCCAUGCCUCGUAAAUUUCUGCCCAAUAAAAUACCCCAUGCAGUUAAAGAAAAUACGCAACUGAAUUAAGCCCGUGAGGGGAACGUGUUUUAAGUUGAGUUCAGUCCUGUCAGUUCAGUUACAGCUCAGUCCUAUCUCAGUGCAUCGUGACGAAAGUCUUUAAAAAUAUGAUUAAGUGUGUUCUUAUUACAGGAAACAAAGAAGACCCAGUCAAAGCAGCAAAUGAAAUGUGCUCACUAAGGGAUGAUAGUGGAAAACUUCGUUUUGCUCCAGAGGAGUGGCGAACAGCAAAACAAAUCAGCAGUUACUUUUCACGACUCGCUGCUGCACAACGUCAAAAUAAGGCUGUUGGAAAACUCCUGGAUGAAGCUGAAAACAUUGACGAAAACGACUUGCAGACUUGGGACAACGAGCAAAGGCUGAGGGAGUUACAAGAAUCAUUAUACGAUCAAUUGGAUUUGCGUCAUCCCAUCAUUUAUGAUGGUCACGACAUUUGUAGUCUUGCUAGGCGGGGAAAAUUACAGGCAAAGUUUCAGGUCGACCAACUAAAAGAGAUCUGUGACAAGUUUGGGGUAGUUAUCGAAGGGCCUGUUGGUCGUAAGAAAUCAUAUAUUACUCCCAUUGAGGCCCUUGUUAAAACGUGCAGCUGCUCUAAAUAG